UAGAGUGAGUGAGUGUGAGAGAGAGAGAAAGAGUGCGAAACAAUGUAUUUGCCAAGCGAAAACCAAAUCUAAAAUCACAUUCAAUCUAGAAGCGAAUCCUUUUUUUCUGUGACUCUGUGACUUAACACUAUGAAAUUGUGGAAAUCCAAGAAGCCCAUCGGCGGCUGUGUGCCGGGCAAGUCGAGCGCACUCAAGCAGGAACAGGAGCUGUCCAGCAAACAGCUGCAGCUUCAGCAACAACAACAGCAGCAACAGGACUCCAAUGCCAUUGCGCUGGCGCCCAUGUUAUCCGUUGACCGAGCGAUGAGCCCCGCGCAAUCCGAGGACUCCGGACUGGCACCGGAACGCGGCACAACCUAUGCAACGAUCACGCUGCCACGCAACGCUCUCCAUUUGGCAAUCAGUUUUGCAGAACGCAAUGACCUAUCGUAUCCACCUGUUAUUGGCGCACUCAAUCCAGUAGGUCAUGCGGCCGAUUUUCUGGCGCCGGGCGAUCGUCUGCACCAGAUCGAUGGCAUCUCAACAAUCGGACUGAGCAAUCAGAAGAUCAUGAAUAUGCUGUGCGCAUCCGGAGCGGAUACGGGGCCGGCCAUCGUGGAGAUUGAAUACUCGUUGCCCGAAUGCACAGCUUCCCAAAACAGUUUGUAUGUCACCUCGAAGCUGGCACAGAUCACCGUGGAACGUGAGAGCGGCUGCCUGGGUCUAACGCUGCGAGGUGGUGCCGAUUAUCCGCUGAUCGUAACACACGUCCGCCUGCAUGGCCCCGUCUAUAAGACCGGCCGGAUAAAGCCUGGCGAUCGACUGCUGCGCGUCGAUAAUAUCUCGCUCAUUGGAAAGACUUUGGCGGAGGCACAGCAGAUCAUUAAAUGCGGUCACGUUUCCGGCUAUACGAAUCUAACCAUUGAAUACGACGUCUCCGUUGUGCAGAGCGUCGAGUUCUCGAUGGGCCCGCUGCUCAUUGAGAUCGAGCGACCCCUCAACGACAAAUUGGGCCUGGUGCUAUGCAACUACACGAGUACGGCCAGCAGCUCCGCGGGCACAGCCAGCAGCAGCACUGACAAAAUCGACGAACUCGCCCAAUCGGGCAUCUAUAUAGCUAGCAUACUACCCGCCAGUAUUGCCGAUCGCUGCGGCGCCUUAUCUGUCGGCGAUCAGGUGCUCUCCAUUGAUGACACCAUGAUCGAGCACACGGCCUACAGUCCCGACGAGGUGAUGACCAUAUUGGACACCGGCACCGGCCGCGGCUACACACAAAUGCAGAUCAUGCCGGCACAUGCGCUGGCGCGACGAGGUCACACGACGCUCGGCAGUCCCAAGUAUAGCUUCAGCACGCUGGAGUCGCGCAAGUCGUCGGGCAGGCCGGGCCGGCAGCGUUUCGUGCGCAAGAGCUCGCUGCCCCUGGAGGCGGGCGGUGGUGCAGGUGGUGCCGGCGGUGCGCCGGGCAGCACUGUGGCCGCCGUCAGCAAUGGGCAUGGCAGCAGCCUGUCGGGCGGCCUGUGCCGCGCCGAAAGCUUUCCGGUGCUGCUCGACUGCAGCCAGGGCGCUGGCAUUGUGCUCGGCGCAGCGAGCAGCUGUGGACGCGCCGUCAGCAUCGCCCAGAUCCUGCCCGACUCGGUGGCCGAUCGCAGCGGCUGCAUCCAGCCGGGCGAUCGCAUUGUGGCCAUCAAUAAGAUGUACAACCUGGACGCGGCGGCCAUGCGGCAGCUGCUCGAUGGCCGUGCCGGCGGCGGUGGCCAUGCGGCCGCCCACUGGCUGGAGCUGGAGGUGGAGUUCGAUAUGCCGGACACGGUGGUGCCCUCCAGCGGUGUGUUCAACGUGAAGCUGCUGCGCGCGGGCAAGUGCGGCCUGGGCCUCAGCGUGAGCGGCUCGAGUCACGGCGGUCUGGUCAUCUCCGACGUCAAGAUGGGCAGUCCGGCUCAUCGCUGCGGCACGCUGCGACCGGGCGACAUACUGCUGGCUGUGGAUCAGCAUCCGGUGCAGCACUUCAAUGUGGAUGCUCUGCUCAAGGAGUUGCCCACGGCAACUGCAACCGCAGCAGCAGCAGCAACCACAACGGACUUCACCACGCUGACAAUUAAGCGUGUGGUGCUGCCCGACUUUCUGCCCAACCCACCCAUCUACAGCAACUGCACCACCGCCGUGGUGGCCGGCGGUGUUGGUGUUGCCGGCGACAAUGAGCUCUAUAGCAGCGCCUAUGUGGCCUCCAAAUACGGCGAGGUCAAGUACAACGACUGCAUCUCCCUCAAGUCGAGCACGCCGCAGCCGGACUACUUCCGGGCCAACUCGAGUCUCGACGAGACGGGCAGCCUGCAGUCGGUGCAGCUGCGGCAUCCGCCCUCCAAUGGCGCCUGGCCGGUGGGCAAUGGUCGCGGCUUUGCCAACGGCACCGCGAACACGCAGAGCCUGACCACCGAGCUGGCCGAGCAGGAGGAGGACGAGCAGGAUGACGAGAAUGAGCAGGCCUCCCAUUACGGCGGCUACGAGUUGAAUCGUUAUGCCAGUGUGGACUGCACUGCUCUGCCGCCGCCCAUGGAGAGCAAGGUGUAUGGCUCGGCGGCCAGUUCCAGCAGCAAGAGCAGCGGCAGCAGCCUGCAUCAGAUCAUCUUCACAGUGCGUCUGGAGCCGAAGGGCGGCCUCCUGGGCAUCACCUUGGCGGGCAGCGAGGACAUCACCAAGCCGAUCACCAUUAGCGGACUGGUCGAGGGCGGCAUUGCGUUCAAGAACGGUCAGAUCCACGUGGGCGACCAGCUGCUGGCCAUCGAUGAGCACUCGGUGCAGGGCAUGCCUCUGUCGCAUGCCACCAGCCUGCUGCAUCAUCUGGGCGAUGUCGUGGACCUCAAGAUUUUGCGCAGCCACGACAUCAACAGCAGCUCCAGCUGCAGCCUGCCGGCUGCGACGCAGGCCAUCUAUGCCAAGGUGCAGCGACGUCCGCGCAGUCCAUCGACCAACACCGAGGCGAGCGGCAGCAACAAGGAUCAGGCGCAAUCGCAGCAGCAGCAGCAACAGCAACAGCAGCAGCAGCGCAUCUUCCAUGUCACACUGCACAAGGAUCGAGUCUACGAUGACUAUGGUUUCUCCGUCUCGGAUGGGCUCUACGAGCGGGGCGUCUUCAUCAAUCGCAUACGCAGCGGCGGGCCGGCGGAUAUAUGCGGCCAGCUGAAGCCCUUCGAUCGCAUCAUGCAGGUCAAUGAGAUUAAGACGCAAGACUUUGACUGCUGUCUCACCGUUCCGCUGAUCGCUGCAGCCGGCGACAAGAUCGAGAUGAUCAUGCAACGCACCGAAUGAGCAGCGAUUCCCGACCUGCGAUCGCUUCUUCUUAUUUCUCUUCUAUUAUUCUUUUUUUUUUUUUUGUAAUCUUUAACUAGUUAUAUUUUAAGUCUUAGCGCUAAGUGCCAAUCUUUUGUACCUAACUGAUGUCCUCCCGCCCCUCCUCCCGCUCCUUCCCAUCGCGAUAUGCCUUAACUAAUUUUAACGACAAUAAGUUAUGCCAAGUGCCUGCAACGUUUUUUUUCCUAAUCUAUACAAAGAUAUACCAACGAUUGUCUACCAUAACCAAAUAAAUGAGAGAAAGAGAGAUCAAAUUGCAUCACCGGAUGCAGACGGAAAAUAAUUAAUAAUUGUACUUUUAUUAUGUUUUA